UAUGAGUUGUCCGACCUUAUCUUCUAAGACCGUUCCCUAAACAUAACUAUUUAGUCCGUGAUAGUGUUGUUCAUUGCAAAUUAUCAAUUUAUCCGGUAUUUCAAUUUGAGACUUGAGUUCAAGUUCCGUAUUCGUAAUUCGUAACCCUUUAAUUUGUUUUUAAGGGUCCUAUAUUGGGCUCCGGCAGGAUUUCCAAUUUGAAAAUAUUUAGUUUCACACUUUCACGUCGGACGUAUAGGUAGUCACUACCCACAUAAAAUGUUACCUCUUUCGUUAUUAAAAACUGCCCAGAAUCACCCAAUGUUGGUGGAAUUAAAAAAUGGUGAAACAUACAACGGACAUUUAGUGACUUGCGAUAGUUGGAUGAAUAUCAAUUUACGAGAAGUGAUCUGCACAUCUAAAGAUGGAGAUAGAUUUUGGAGACUUCCGGAAUGUUAUAUUAGAGGUAGUAUGAUUAAAUACUUGAGAAUACCAGAUGAAAUAUUUGAUAUGGUGAAAGAAGAUAUAGUUGUAAAUAAAGCUCGUGGCCGAACAGAUAACCAGAAAAAUCGUGCUCCUAGAGGAGCUAGACAAGGGUUCAGUGGGAGAGGCGGUGGUGGUAACAACCGAGGUACUGGACCACAACAACAAAGAGGUGGCCCAAAUAAGUUUCGAGGAAAAUAAAUUGUAUAUUUUAUAAUUUAUAUUUAUACAAUAUGUAUAAUGUAUUAAUGUGUAUAUUUAAAUUCAAAAAUGUCUAACUGCAAUAAUAUGCGUGAUGAAAAUUCUCAUAUUUCUUAAAUUAAUUAAGAAAAAUUCACUUAACUAAUAAUGUUUUAUUAAGAAAACAAAUUAUAAUAAUAAUAAUUAUAGCAUUAAAAUUAACCAUAAUAUUGUCAAAAUAUAAUGGAUAAGGCAAACAAAUUUUAGGUUAACAAUUAAUCAAUUAAAAGGUAUACUUUUAUUUUUAAAUGUAAUGUAAAUGCUGAAGACUGGAUUAAAAUAUUAAAAUUUAAAAUUUUGUAUCAA